UACCACUUGUAAGUCACCAGUCAAAGCUUUCUAUUUAUCAUUAGAGAUUUUAGUGAUAGACAAUAUGUUUUUUGAUAAAAUAACUUUAUUAGUAGUGGUUUGCGCAACUUCCAUUCUUUGCAGUCGAGAUGUGGAAGUGAAAACCGAAGAAGAUUUAGGUGUUAAAUACGCAAACCGUUGUGAAGUGUGUAAAGUAUUGGCCACGGAGUUGCAAAGCAGACUCGAAGAGACCGGUAAGGUUCACGAUGUCAUUGAAAUAGGAUAUUCACUCGAUGAUGUGCAGCCAAAGAAAAAAACUAAAUAUCAGAAAUCUGAGCUGAGAUUAAUCGAGUCGAUAGAUGGGGUCUGUGACAGGAUUUUGGAGUACAAUAUACAUAAAGAACGUCAGGACAGUACACGGUUUGCAAAGGGUAUGAGUCAAACAUUUAAAACUCUUCAUGGACUCGUUGACAAGGGAGUUAAGGUUGACUUGGGUAUUCCUUAUGAAUUGUGGGACAAGCCGUCUGCUGAAAUCACACACAUGAAAACACAGUGUGAAAGUCUUUUGGAGGAUAAUGAAGAAGCGAUAGAAUAUUGGUACUGGAAUCUGCAGGGGACUAAGGAUUUGAAGCUUCACUUGUGUAGCGAUCAUGCUUUGAAAGAUACUGACAAAUCAUGCUUGUUUGAAGAUGAGAGCUUGAAGGGCGAUCAUGGCGGAAGUACUGAAUCAGAGAAUAAGGAAAAGCCAAAACUGAAAGAUGCAUUGCCCAGAUCAGGUAAAUUAGAAAACAACAAGCAAAGAAGAGGCGAACAAGGUGAUAGUUACUGGACGGAGCCAACAGAGUAUGUUAAAAAGCAGUUACAGGAGGAAGAAAUGCUUAAAAAGAUGACAAAUGAAGCUGAAAUUAACAUACCACUUAAAAAUGAAGAAGUGUGGGUUCCAGAAGAUGAGCUUGGAUCAGAGAGGGAGGAACUUUAAAUAGUCCCGUCUUUACCAAUAACUGUAAAUACUUUUCUGUGAUUUAAUUCAACUUGAGAUAAUCUGCAAUCAUUUUUGAUGGAUUUUUUAAAGAAUUUUAUUUUAUUCCUAAAUGUGUGAUGAAAUCAAUAAUUUAAGUUGGAAUGUAAGACUAUUUAAUAAUAAUUUAUAGGUACAUUUCUAUUGAAGUGUAGACCGUAGAGCUAUGUGAACGUUAAGCAAUAGACCAUGAACACUAAUGUUAUCAUUUCAUUUCUUAUUCCAUAUUAAUAUUUUAUUGAAAAUGUUAAAGUACUGUCAAGAUUUUGACAGCCCUUCAGUUUAAGCUGACUUUGACGAAAUUUGGUGCAGAGAUAGCUUUUGCCCCGGGGAUGAAUAUAAGCUACCUUAGGUUUUGGAAAAAUCAGUUUCCAGGGACUUUUUAAAAACCUAAUUCUAUAUGAAUGAAGUCGCUGGUAUGAACUAUUAGGUACAGCGAUAGCUUGCAUCCUGUGUACAGACAUAGGCUGCAUUUUAUCCUGGAAAAUACAAGUUCCCUUGGGAUUUUAAAAACCUGUCAAAGUUGCAGGGUAUCAUCUUGUUAUGUAUUCAUUGGACUAUUUUUGCAUGUCUAACCAUUGCUCCACUCAUCUCCACUUCACUGGAAAUUCACCCUAAGUUACUGUGCCCUGUGUAUGGUGGAUUGCGGAGUGGAUUCAAAACAUUUGUUUAAUGCAAUGUUCAUUCCGACUGCGCGGUGCACCAUCACAGGACACAGAUUAAGGUUGCAGACUUACAGAUAAAAUAUUAGUUAAAUAUAAACUGAUGUCUGUAUUCUGUAAUCAGCAUUUAAAAUAGUUGUUAAGAGCAUAAUUUAUUGUAAUUGAUGUAUUUGAAUGAGAACAAUUACUGUUACGUUAAAUUCUUACAAGGAUUAAAAUUGUGCCAGAUCAAUAAAAUACUAC